AUCACGGACUUCGGAGCUGACCGAAAGACUCGCGCUCCCCCACUUCUGGCGCAUGCGUCGUAUAGUGAGCGGUUGUCCGUAAUGUCAAAGGGUGUUCGGGGUUGUCUCAAGUCACGAUGAGCUUCUUGCUGCCCAAACUAGCCACUAAAAAGGAGGUGGAUGAUGCGAUCAAGAGCGUCGCCGAGAAAGUCCUGGUUCUUCGCUUUGGCAGAGAUGAGGAUCUUGUCUGCCUGCAGCUGGAUGACAUUCUUGCAAAAACAUCACAUGACUUAAGUAAAAUGGCUACAAUUUAUUUGGUGGAUGUGAACAAGGUGCCAGUGUACACCCAGUAUUUUGACAUCAGUUAUAUUCCAUCUACAGUCUUCUUUUUCAAUGGCCAGCACAUGAAAGUGGAUUAUGGAUCUCCUGAUCACACUAAAUUUGUUGGAAGUUUCAAAACAAAACAAGACUUCAUAGAUUUGAUUGAAGUGAUUUACCGUGGAGCGAUGCGUGGAAAACUCAUAGUACGAAGUCCAAUUGAUCCAAAGAAUAUUCCCAAAUAUGAUCUCCUCUACCAAGACAUUUAAUAUCCGAUCUGGAGAUGAUUGGAUGUUGGAAUGUGAACAUCUCAAGAUUAUUUCAACUCUUCAAGUGUUUGCUAAUUGCAUUUAAAGUUAGAAGAAAUAAGGUUAAACUUGGUCUUCAUAGUCACGAUCAUAUUGGUCAUCACAAAAGACAGACAUUCUGUCACUUAAUUCCUUGUUUCUAUAAAGUUAUGUUUAUUCACAGAGCUAUCUUCACAAUCCUAGGCUACAGCUUAUUCACUCCCAAGCUCUUACAUAAGUAAAAGCUUAGAGUAGAAAAGCUACAGCUCUAAAUAAUGUUUUCAGUCUAUUAUCAACAUAGCUAUGAAAGCUAUUCCAAUGGUGUUCAUGUUUUGUGUCCCAAUGAAACAAACUGAGGAAAAGUCAAACUUUAUUUAAUGUUACCAAUUCUUUGAAGUGAAACUGGGCCCCAAAACUUGUGUUAUGUCUUAUCAAGAAAAUCACUGGGUGAUUUCUGCCCAGUGCUCUGAAUGUCAAAGUGAAGAAAUUCAAUGAAGCACAGGUAAACAGCAGGAGUAACUAUGACUAUUAGGACCAACUGACUACUGCUUCCAAAUGAGCACUGUUUUGAACACAAUCUGCAGAAAUGCAAGGUUUUUCUGGUUUAAUUGAAAUUAAAUGGUAGUAGCAGAUUUAUGCUGUAGAAUUGAUGUUAACGAGCUUCCUACAAAAUAAGUAGUUUGAGAAUUUAUUCAAAAUCAAACUCAUCUGUACUAGAUCAAAGUUCAACAAUGCAAUGGGGAGGUUGAAUGUGCAGGCCAACCUUAACCUGAAACCAAUUUUUGCAGACUGUAUCUGCUUUGAACUAAGCUAGCCAUUCAUAAUUAGUUUACAUAUAUUAAGGGGUUUUUAAAAACUGCUGAAAAACACCAAUAUUUUCAAAUAAAAGUAUAAACUUUGCCAUAAACUGUCUUUAUUGUAAGAACAAGGAAGAAUUACUGUAUUUCAAAGCUCACAAGAUUCCUUUCAGAUUUUGAAAUAAGAUGCAACGAACUACUAAUUCAAAAUCAAACUUUCCAGCCUAUAGUAAUGGUAACUCUUCCUCAAAGAAAAAAAAGCUCAAUUAUCUAGAUAAGAUAUUAUACCUCAAGCGUCAGCCAACACAUCUCUAAGGCAACAUACAACUUUUACUCACAAGAAGAUAAAUGGGUACAUGUAAGACAAGUCCUUACAUUUUUCUUAUUCUUUUACUCCUUGUUCCAAUAGGUGAACGAAUGAAACAAGUUUUAGUCUUAACUUUCAGUGCAUUCUUAAGAUAUUUGAAAAUUGACUGUAAGCUAGAUGAAGGAGCUAAGUUAUAUUUUUCAGUUCCUGUAGAGACUGUAGGGCAGUCCACUUUUACAAGACAGCCUAAUGACUUAUCUAAAGGUUUCCCAUUUGACACCCACUCUCGACAGUGUUUCCAUAUCCAUUCUUGCAUCUGGGAAUUGCCUUGUGUCUGGUGCAUUGUAUGGUGUGUUGAAUCAAUAAAAGCAACAGCAUACACCUUGUUCAUCACCUCCAAAGUUCUCUGCAUGAGCAAGUUGAUGAAAACCAAGCCUCCAUAGCCAUGGGCAAUGAAGGCCACAUUUCCAGCCAUGCUUUUUGAAAUGAAGUGGUCCCAAAUAUAAGUUGCGUGUUCUUCAGGACUACUGCUGUCUCUUUUUGGGAUUGCCCGGGGCAACUGCAGAGUGGAAGUGGUUGCCAUCUCAGAAAGGCUUAAGCAUUCUUCUUCAAUCUUCAGAGCAAUGGAAUUCUCAUUGGGAUUUAAAACUAUCACUUCCCAAGAACAAUGCAGAGCCAUUGAAAUGAAUGGUACUUGAGAUCCAUGUUGGAGGCCCUCAUGAACAAUGGUCGUCUGCCCCCACUGACCUGCACGAAAUAUCCCCCGGUCUUGGAGGAGAACAACUAGAGUUGAGCAACUUGUUAAUGCACUCUCACUCAUGAAAAAAAAGCUACUAACGUCACUGGCUGGAGCAUUUGUUGGGAUGUAAAUCCUUUGCAGUUUGCAAGCCUUUUCCAGGAGUUCAUAAACAUACUGGGUGAUUAAGUGUCCAAGAACUUGGUAACGUUUAUGAUUACUAUCAUAUGAAUUUUGAUAAUUAAAAACAAAAGGCUCAUUGGUAUCUAUAUGCCUAAGCUCCCCAUUGUUGUUAAAGUCAUACUUCAGUUUUUCUGGGCAUUCUGAACCAUUUAUUAGUUUUCUGAAGCUCAGAUCCUCAUUCAUUCGUAACCACUACAAAUAAAAUAGAUGAAGACAGAUCAUGUCACACACACUUUAUUUUCAGGUUCUAGUAACAAGCAUAUUGUUCAAAGUCUAAGAGGCUGACCGUUCAUACGAUAUUGCUUCUCACUUGUUAGGAUAGCAAGGGCAAUAAGAAUUCUAUUCAAACUUCCUUUACCAUCCCCAACAGAAAUAUGGGCAUGAUCAUUCUAACCAAAGCUACUGUAGGUACUUUUAAGUCCCAUUGAUUUCAGUUGGAGGCAGUUAAAUCAGUGAGUUAUCUCUCAAAUCAGUGGGACUUAAAAGAGCCAUUUUCUCCUGCACAAGCCUGCCUAGGUUUUACAAUCAAAAUCAGUCUCCAGAUUCUGUGGUGGCUAGGGAAAGGGCUUUUAUGUUGUUUCACCCUGACUGUGGAAUACAGUAUGUUUUCGAGAAGUACAGCACCAAUGUGAAUAUCUUUUAAGCAUCAAAUAAAGACUUGUUUAUUUGUCUGA